AUGUUUAGCAAAGUUAGCGACUUCAACGAAUUCAAAAUCAUAUGCCAAAAAAAAAAAAACAUCGAGUAUCAAACAUACACGAUCAAUUCUAACCAUAGACAAAAGACCAUAACAGUUGUAUUCAAAGGCUUAAUACGUUUAACCGUAUUCAGAGUACGCGAAAGCAUAAAAAACCAAGGACUUAAUCCACUCUACUGCGCUGAAAUUGUCACCCAUACUAAAUACCCCAUCUACAGAGUCACCUUUACCUCAGAAACUACAGUUACUCAGAUCAAUCAUGUCCUAGUUUAUAGAAACCAUAAAGAUUUACUGUAAGGAAUAUAAAUCACAUAGGCCCAAUGCUUCGAAUGUUAAGCCCAUGGCCAUACUUCCGCAAACUGCAACAAAAAAGUAG